AUGCCACAAGUCCCCCUCCGCACCCUCAGUAUCUAUGACAAAGGCAGCACCUACACCAUCUUUGACACCGACGACAAGACUCAUCUCUACACCAUCCAUUUCAACAGUCGUUCCGCUCCUCACAUGACCGUCAUCCGUACCUCGGACACCAAGAGCAUUGUUGGCAGCGCCACAUAUCACUCGACCAAGAAGCUCGGGUUCGCCACUGCCUCAAACAUCACUCUUAAACUUCCCUCCUCCGAAACUGUCUCCCUGAACAAAGAAGGGGGCUUCUUCAACAAUGACAAGCGCACCAUGCGGAUUGCAGUUCUGGGACAAGUGUAUUGGAGUAGUAGGCAAGUUAACAAUCCUUGGAAAGGAGGCCGAGCGGAGACGAGCUUCCUGAAAUUGGCGGAUACGAGUGGGAAGGCCUUGGUGGAAUACAAGGACGAGGGACACACAUUGAAAAGAAUGGGAGUUAUGGAGAUUGGCGUCGAGCUGACGCAGGAAGGGCUGGAUGAGGUCGUAGUAAGCGGGAUGGCGAUGCUGUCGGAGGAGCAGACAGGUGUGAAAGCGACGAGGCCGCGAUGA